AUGGCAGAAAAUUCUGGAAAAAGAGGAUUGAAACAUGUUUUUAGAGGUAUUAAUUUCCAUUUGGCGUUCGCAAUCACUGCGAUCGCACUGGGAUCUGCCUUUCAACAUGGUUACAAUACCGGAGUUGUCAACUCACCUCAGGAGAUCAUCAAAACCUGGAUCGCAGAGGUCAAAACCAACCGAACGGGAAUACCUCACACCGCAAAAGACAUGACAGACUUGUGGGCCUGGGCAGUAGCCAUCUUCUGUAUCGGAGGUAUAAUCGGUGGAUCCCUGGUAGGAAUAAUAGCCGACAGAUUUGGACGCAAGGGUGGUUUGCUGCUGAACAACAUAUUCGUCGUCCUGACAGUGAUAUUCGAAGGGUUUUGUAAAAUGGCCGGCAGCUAUGAGAUGAUAAUCGUAGGACGUCUGUUCAUUGGAAUAAACGCCGGUUUGAACGCGGGAAUAACUCCCAUGUACCUUGGAGAAAUAUCUCCGAUGCACUUGCGAGGAGCCGUUGGUACCGUCUACCAACUUAUCGUCACAAUUUCAAUUUUGAUCUCCCAAGUUCUCAGUAUGGACAAAGUGUUGGGUACCGCCGAGCAAUGGCCGCUUCUUCUCAGUCUGACCAUAAUCCCAGCAAUCUUCCAGUGCGUAACUCUGCCACUGUGCCCAGAGAGUCCGAAAUUCCUGCUCCUGAACCGAGGCAAGGAUGUUGACGCCCAGAGAGGUCUUGUCUGGUUAAGAGGGACCAAUGACGUUUAUGACGAGAUGGAAGAAAUGAGGAAUGAAGCUGAGUCUAUCAAACUGACCCAACGUGUUACCAUGAAGGAAAUUUUCGUUAACCCGGCUCUGAGAAUCCCGCUGAUUAUUUCUUUGAUGGUGAUGUUGGCUCAACAGUUUUCUGGAAUCAACGCUGUCAUGUUCUUCUCAGACGCUAUCUUCCGUAUGGCUGGAUUGAACACAACAGCUUCUCAAUCAGCUACUCUUGGUGUUGGAGCUAUGAAUGUUGUUAUGACCUUUGUUUCGUUGAUUUUGGUUGAGAAAUGCGGACGGAAAACUCUUCUGCUCUUUGGAUUCUGUGCAAUGGUUAUUGACACUGCUUUGCUUGCACUCUGCUUAGCGUAUGCGGACUCUUCAUCAGCAGCAGCUUAUUUCUCCAUCGCAUUGGUAAUUAUGUUCGUGGUAGUCUUCGCAACUGGUCCUGGAAGUAUCCCAUGGUUCUUGGUAUCAGAACUGUUCAACCAAUCGGCAAGACCAAUCGCAACAUCCAUUGCGAUCGCCGUUAACUGGGGAGCUAACUUCAUCGUCAGUUACUCGUUCCUACCGUUGAAAGAACUUCUUGACACGAAUGUAUUUGUUCUUUUCGCUAUCAUCCAAGCGCUGUUCGCUCUCUUCAUCUGGAAGAAGGUUCCAGAAACAAAGAACAAGACUAUCGAGGAAAUCAGCAGUAUGUUCCGGCAAAUCUCCUAUCAGUGA